CUUGAGCAUCUGUGUGUUAUCGAGUGUUCAGUCAUGGCCUCAAUAUCUCUCUCAUUCUCAUCUUCACUCCUCCUUCACGACCCCCUCAGCAAGAACACCACUUUCAGCACCAAUCCCAGAACCCAAAACCCAAAAUCUAGGCUCGUCCGUUGCGCAUUCGCAGCACCAGCGAAAAGGGCCAAGCCCACUUCUUCUUCUUCAUCUUCGGUGGCCAAGAAAAGGCAUUGGAAGGAAGGGGAAUUCCCUGGGAUUUCACAGACAUUCGUUCCGGGUACUUCGAAGAAGACACCCAUCAAGAAUCUGAAGAAGAAGUUGGACCGCAAGAACAACGCCAAGGCCUGGGCCAACACUGUCACCGAAGCCCUGUCCGAUCUUAUCCAAAAGAAGCAGUGGCUCCAAGCCCUUGAGGCAUUUGACAUGCUCAGAGAACAACCCUUUUAUCAACCAAAAGAAGGGACUUACAUGAAACUCCUCGUUUUGCUGGGAAAAUCUGGCCAACCCCAUCGUGCUCGUCAGCUUUUUGACAGAAUGGUUGAAGAAGGAUGUGAACCCACUUCUGAACUUUACACAGCUUUACUUGGAGCUUAUUGUCGGAAGAAUCAAAUUGACGAGGCAUUCUCAACUCUUAACCAAAUGAAGGCCCUCCCCUGUUGCCAGCCGGAUGUUUUUACUUACAGUACCUUGAUAAAAGCUUGCGUUGAUGCUUCUCAAUUUGAAUUAGUUGAGUCCUUGUAUGAAGAAAUGGCUGAAAGAUUAAUAUCCCCAAACACGGUCACACAAAACAUUGUGUUAAACGGGUAUGGUAAGGCAGGGAAAUUUGACCAGAUGGAAAAAGUGCUAUCAGGGAUGCUGGAGAGCAGAACUUGCAAACCUGAUGUCUGGACCAUGAACACUAUACUUAGUGUGUUUGGCAACAAGGGUCAGAUUGAUAUGAUGGAGAGAUGGUAUGAGAAAUUUCGCAAUUUCGGGAUUGAUCCAGAAACUCGCACUUUUAAUAUCUUGAUUGGUGCUUAUGGGAAAAAACGUAUGUACGAUAAGAUGUCAUCUGUGAUGGAAUACAUGAGAAAGCUUCAAUUUCCGUGGACAACCUCAACUUACAACAAUGUGAUUGAAGCUUUUGCAGAAGUGGGGGAUGCAAAGAACAUGGAGUACACAUUUAAUCAGAUGCGUGCUGAGGAAAUGAGAGCAGACACCAAGACAUUCUGCUGUCUUAUUAACGGAUAUGCCAAUGCAGGUCUCUUCCACAAGGUGAUUAGCAGUGUUCAGUUAGCUGGGAAGUUUGAGAUACCCGAGAAUACUUCUUUUUAUAACGCAGUUAUAUCAGCGUGUGCCAAGGCAAAGGAUUUGAUGGAGAUGGAGAGAGUUUUUAAGCGGAUGAAAGAUAAGCAAUGUCAACCAAACUCCACAACAUACUCGAUCAUGGUCGAGGCAUAUGAAAAGGAAGGUAUGAAUGACAAGAUCUAUGAUUUGGAGCAGGAGAAGCAGGAGAUGAUGGCAGAUGGUGAUGAAAGUGAUUAGGCCAUUAAAAUGGAGUCUAUGGUUGUAUCAAUUGAGAAAUUACAGUAAAACUGCUUGUUCUCUAUAUCUCCUAAUUUUUCAUGGGACUAACGGAACUAUUUUUGUAAUGAGGCACCGGGCACUAUUGGUGGGGUUACUGAUUGAUCAGCUUGUCAAAACUCUUGCUUCAGAGAUGGAUAACAAAAGUUGCUCUGUGCAUGCGUGCCUUUGUGAAGUACUACAUAAGUCCUUUAGACAUCUCUAAUAUUUGAGAGGCAAUUAUCUAGGUACCUUUUGUACAUACUUGAUGUGUUAAUGGAGAUAAUUAAUGCCUCUCUGCAAACUUGAGGUGAUUCUUUUGAUUAUUUUAAAAUUGACGUUUUCUUCUUGUGAAA